GGAGGAGCGCGGCUGCGGCGGGCGGGCGGCGAGCGAGGCGCUCAAAGUCAGCCUCGCAGACAUUGCAGCAGAGCCCCGAACUCGGGAGGCGACGGCGACCGCGGCGCAGGCGGAGGACGAGCCGGCCCCAGCCCGCCCGCCCGUGCGCAGCGCCCGUGGCCUCGCGCGGCCGCAAGGCACAGCUAGCCUGGGAAGAAGGGAGCGACGCAGAUCAGCGGCCCCGGAGCCCGCGGCGGCCUCGAAGGCGUGGACUGUGAGCAGCUGCAGAGGCAUUCUCAGGACCUAUUAUUUUAACAUUUUGGAGAAAAUACCCAAAAGGUGCGCAGUGGACUGAGGACGACGGGAGGCUCUGAAGAUUCCGAUGACAUCAGAGUUACUUUUCAACAACCUUCUCCGCUUCCUUUGCCACAUAGCAGAGGCUCAGGCCGAGGCUGAUGAUCCUGAUAUGUGCAUUUGGUGAAUAACAAAAGAUGAAGAAAGAAAAACAGCGUAUUCCCUAAGACCUGGGUGCCACUGCUACUGCCACUGUGUAAAGGAAGUUGUGAGGCUGGUCCUUGCCUGGCCGGUCAUCAGUGCACUGGAGUUUGCCGGCCUCUUAGCCGUCACUGCCAGAGGACACCCUGGUCAGAAUGUAACAGCGCAUCUCUGCCUGACUGCAAUGGCAGGUGACCAGCUGACACUCACUUCCUGACGUCCUGUCGUCGUCCGAUCUCGCAGACAAGAGAAGCAUCUUUAUCGUGAACAGAAGCCGAGCCCCUGUGAGCACUUGAAUUGAACAUGACUCAUGGAGAAGAGCUUGGCUCUGGUGUGCAUCAGGAUUCUAUUGUUUUAACUUACCUAGAAGGAUUACUAAUGCAUCAGGCUGCAGGGGGAUCAGGUACUGCCGUUGACAAAAAGUCUGCUGGCCACAACGAAGACGACCAGAACUUUAACCUCUCUGGCAGUGCCUUUCCCACCUGUCAAAGCAAUGGUCCUACUGUCAGUACGCAGACAUACCAGGGUUCUGGCGUGCUGCACCUCAAAAAGGCCAGACUGCUGCAGUCUUCCGAGGACUGGAACGCGGCAAAGCGGAAGAGGCUGUCCGAUUCCAUCGUGAAUUUAAACGUAAAGAAGGAGGCUUUGCUGGCUGGCAUGGUUGACAGCGUGCCUAAAGGCAAACAGGAUAGCACAUUACUGGCCUCGUUGCUUCAGUCAUUCAGCUCUAGGCUGCAGACUGUUGCUCUGUCACAGCAGAUUAGACAGAGCCUCAAGGAGCAGGGGUAUGCCCUCGGUCACGAGCCUUUGAAAGUGGAGAAGGAUGUAAGGUGCUACGGCGCUGCCUCCAGUCACUUAAAAACUCUGCUGAAGAAAAGCAAAACUAAGGAGCAGAAGUCAGGCACCGCCCUCCCUGAGGUGACUCCAAACCUUAUCAGAGAUAGCUUUGUUGAGUCACCUCAUCAUGUGGGACAAAGUGGAGCAAAGGUCAUGAGUGAGCCCUUGUCGUGCGCUGCAAGAUUACAGGCCGUGGCCAGCAUGGUGGAGAAAAGGGCUAGCCCCGCCGCCUCCCCCAAGCCCAGCGUGGCCUGCAGCCAGUUAGCGCUGCUCCUGUCCAGCGAGGCCCACCUGCAGCAGUACUCGCGGGAACAUGCUCUGAAAACGCAGAAUGCACACCAGGCUGCCAGCGAAAGACUCGCUGCCAUGGCCAGGUUGCAAGAGAACGGACAGAAGGACAUGGGCAGUUUCCAGCUCUCCAAAGGGGUGUCUGGCCAUCUCAAUGGGCAGGCCAGAACACUGCCGUCCAGCAAACUGGUGGCUAGCAAGAAUAACACCGCCCCCUUCCAGAAUCCCAUGGGCGUCGUUCCUUCCUCCCCCAAAAACACGAGCUAUAAGAACUCACUGGAAAGAAACAACCUCAAGCAAGCUGCUAGUAACAGUUUGCUUUUGCAUCUUCUCAAAAGCCAGACCAUACCCGCGCCGAUGAACGGGCACAGCCAGAACGAGAGAGGAAGUAGUUUUGAGAGCAGCACGCCCACCACGAUCGAUGAGUACUCGGACAACAACCCUAGCUUCACCGAUGACAGCAGUGGAGAUGAAAGCUCCUACUCCAAUUGCGUCCCCAUAGACCUGUCCUGCAAACACCGCAUCGACAAACCCGAAGCUGAGCGGCCCGUUUCGCUGGAGAACCUAACCCAGUCUUUGUUAAACACGUGGGAUCCCAAAGGCCCCGGGGUUGACAUCAAAGAAGAUCAAGAUACCUCAACCAAUUCCAAGCUGAAUUCACACCAGAAAGUCACGCUUCUUCAGUUGCUGCUUGGCCAUAAAAGUGAAGAAACUGUGGAAAGGAAUGCCAGCCCUCAGGAAGUCCACAGCGACGUGACUAAGUUCAGUCCUCAGAAUUACACAAGGACUUCUGUCAUUGAGAGCCCCAGCACCAGCAGGACUACCCCAGUGAGCACUCCACCGCUCCAUACAUGCAGCCAAGCAGAGUCUCCCAUCAACCUCUCCCAGCACUCUCUGGUCAUCAAGUGGAAUGCCCCGCCGUAUGCCUGCAGUACUCCCGCUCCAAAACUGACCCACCCGGCGGCUAGCCACCUGAUGGACCUCACAAAAGGCAAAGAAUCGCAAGCAGAGAAGCCGGCCCCGAGUGACGGUGCACAAACGUCGGCGUCGGCGACGUUCAGUGCCAGUAAACUGUUACAGAACUUGGCUCAGUGCGGAAUGCAGCAGUCUUCCGUGCCAGGGGAAGAGCAGAGACCCGGCAAACAGCUGUUGAGUGGAAACCCAGACAGACCUCUCGGGCUGAUUGAUAGAUUAAAUAGCCCUCUGCUCUCAAGCAAAGCUAGUGUAGCUGAAGAGAUCAAAGCCUUUAGCGGUCAACCUGCGGGGCCUGAACCCGGGCUUCCUGGCUGUGAGAUAGAAAAUCUACUGGAAAGGCGCACGGUCCUCCAGCUGCUCCUGGGAAAUUCCAACAAAGGGAAGAAUGACAAGAAAGAGAAAACCCCUGCUCGAGACGAGGCUCCUCAGGAGCCUUCGGAGAGAGCCGGAAACGAGCAGAUACUCAUGGUGAAAAUUAAAUCCGAGCCUUGUGAUGACUUCCAGACCCACAACACCACGCAUGUGCAUUUAAACCACGAUGCCAAGAGCGCCCCGUUCUUAGGCAUGACUCCCGCCAUCCAGAGAAGCACCGCGGCCUUACCCGUGUCGGAGGACUUGAAAUCAGAGCCUGCUUCACCUCAGGAUUUUUCUUUCUCAAAGAACGGUCUGUUAAGUCGCUUGCUGAGACAGAAUCAAGAGAGUUACCCUGCAGAUGAUCAGGACAAAAGUCAUCGAAGCAGUGAGCUGACCUCCCUGGAAUCAAAGAACUUUUGCAUGGUCCCCAAGAAAAGGAAGCUCUAUGCGGAACCACUAGAAAAUCCAUUUAAAAAGAUGAAAAAUAGUGCCGUAGAUACUGCCAAUAAUCAUGGCGGCCCAGAAGGACUCUAUGGGUCAUUGCUGAAUCAGGAAGAGCUGAAAUUUAGCAGAAAUGACCUCGACUAUAAAUACCCCGCUGGUCAUAGUUCCACCAGCGACGGUGAGCACAGGAGUUGGACCAGAGAGAGCAAAAGCUUCAAUGUUCUCAAACAGUUGCUCCUCUCCGAGAACUGUGUGCGAGAUUUGUCCCCACACAGGAGUAACUCUGUAGGCGACAGUAAAAAGAAAGGCCACAAAAACAACGUGCCCAGUAGCAAACCUGAAUUCAGCAUUUCCUCUUUAAAUGGACUGGUGUAUAGCUCCCCUCAGCCCGGCAGCUGUGUGGAUCAUAGGACAUUUUCAUACCCUGGAAUGGUAAAAACCAGUCUGAGCCCUCCUUUCCCAGAGCACGUGGGCUGUGGCGGGUCCAGGCCAGAACCUGGGCUUCUGAAUGGAUGUUCUGGGUCCAUGCCCAGCGAGAAGGGACCCGUUAAGUGGGUCAUCACAGAUGUGGACAAGAAUGAGUAUGAAAAAGACUCUCCGAGACUGACCAAAACUAAUCCAAUCCUCUAUUACAUGCUCCAGAAAGGAGGCAAUUCUGUUACCACACAGGAAACACAGGACAAAGACAUCUGGAGGGAGCCUUCAUCUGCCGAGAGUCUCUCACAGGUUACAGUCAAAGAAGAGCUACUUCCUGCUGCAGACACUAAAGCUUCUUUCUUUAAUCUAAGAAGCCCUUACAAUAGCCAUAUGGGAAAUAGUGCUUCUCGCGCACACAGUACAAAUGGAGACGUUUAUGGACUUCUGGGAAGCGUGCUCACAAUAAAAAAAGAGUCAGAAUAAACGUGUACCUGCCAUACCAUUUUGGAUCUUUUUAAAAAUUAGUCCGUAUGAACUUGAGAUCUGUAUAAAUAAGAGCAUGGUUUGAGAAAAGCAUGGCAUAAUUGAAACUCCUUCCUUUUGAAAGUAUUGGUCACUGGUGAUGUUUAAAUAUGCAUACUAAUUUUUGCUUAACAUUAGCUGUCAUGAGGAAACUAUUGAACUAGAGGUUGGUUGUUUAAUAUUUCUGUAUGCAUCAGAUAACAACUGUGACUAGCCUACGAAUGAACCUGUUUUUAUAAUCGUAAAUAAGAGGCAUACAUUAAGAUGCACAACUUCACCAGGAGUGGAUUGUUGCAACUUGCUGUCUUUAUUAGUGUCGCUCAUUUCUCAUCUCAGAAGCCAGCCUACAUAAGAUGUUUGUAACAUCCAAAUUGUUAGCUAUUUGGAAGAUAACCAAAUUAGGAAAAACCCGGGAGCCUUGUGCUGAGUCACACCUCAUCAGUCUAAAAGUAAGAAAAAGCAAUGCUUACAGUUUUCACUUUUGCUAAACAAAAUUGUUUUUAACUCUUGGAAGGGGUUUUGCUGUUCCCAAGGUGUCUGCCCCACCCCAGACCUUUUCAAUAUAUAUAUUUCUUUAAACCUUGUACUAUUUAGUAACAAUUGAUUACAACAGACAGGAGUUUAAUAGAUCCUUAAAAAUAAAAGGCAAAUUUCCAUUUUUUUAUAUUUUGACUACUUUACUAAAUUAGUACUCCUCCUUUUUCAAAAUUAGAGAAAGUAAUAUUCACCUUCAGGCUGUUUCCUGAAAAAUUGACUACUUAGAAAUAAUUUUUUAACAAAAGCAGAAAUGAAUUUUCUUUGGAUGGUUUUCACCAUCUCUUUUGAAAGUCAAUCCUCACCACUCCUGUGGGACCUGUAACUCUUACAACCAGGAUUUCUUAAUUCUGGACAAAGACACUGUAUCCGUCUAUCUGACUAUCUGGAGCAGUUGUUUAAAAUGCAGAUUCUUAGGCACCAUCUCAGGUCUACAGAACAAGGUCUCUGAGUGGACCCAGGAGUCUUCCUUCUGCCUGUAUCCUGACAUGUUCUGUAUGUGUUUCUUCUGUACGCUGAUGUUUGAAAACUGUGGCUUAUGACCUUCCCAGAACGUGGGACUUUAAAGAAACUAUCUGAUGCCUAUAUUUUCCCCCAAUACAGUCACAUAUCCAAUCAAAAUUUGCAAUAUUGUAGUUCCUGUAUUGCUGUUAUAUCUUUGGAAAUCGGGUUCAGAAUACUUUUUAAUGACAAAAAAUAAAUUGGGUAGAGGGGACAACUUUCCUAUCUGGGUCAACAUCUCAGGAAAAUCUGAUUAUUUAUCUGCUCUAAUUAGUAAGAUUAACUUAAUUAGCCUUAGGGGUGGAAUAACAGGGCCACUUAGCAAACUCAGGUGAUCCCAGGAUGGUUGGGAAACUUCUCUUCAAUACAUCCUUACCUGCUAUUCAGACUGUCCUCUGCACAGCAGUGCUUAUGGAGUUAACAGAUGCAACCCCAAAAAAACAUCAAACUCAGAUUACCCGAAACCAAAUCAAAGGGCACUUAGGUAUCCACAAGAGGACCUACAUAGUCACCUCAUAGCUCAAUUCAUUUCAAACAGGUAUUAAAAGGAAAUACUGAUGCUGUCUUGAAAGAACUUAAUAUAUAAUUGAGCCAUGUGGAAUUUCAGUCUUGAAACAAGUUGGUUUUUAAGUUCAGUUUUUAAUGGCCCUCAGUUCAUCCACCAGACAAUAUUUUAUUUUUCAAUUUUGAGCCAGGUUAACAACUGACGUAUCAAAAAAGAAAAAAAGUAGAAAGAAGUUUAUUUGAAGUUGGUGUAUGUACUUGAAGUUGUUUCUAAGAUUUUUUAUAUUACAAAUGGACAUUAUUUCUUAAUUAUCUAAAAUUCUAAAUGGUUAUUUUUUCUCAAGAUAAUUUGUAAAUAGUUAAUGGAUGUGCUAUAUGGUAAUCAGAGUGUAUAUUAUGCUACGUCAGAGAAAGGAGAAGGCGUAUGCCUAGUCUGCCAUGAAAAAUUCCACUGGCCAGUGAAGAUACUUUACUCCAUGUUUAUACCGUGACAAUCUCAUUGUCUACACUAUAUAAAUAAGCUUUACACUAAGUCAUUUUUCUUGGUCAUGGUGAAAGGGCUGGAGCCUUAGAAAUGUAUUUUAGGAUGCUGGAGUUUGUCCUCAGUGGGAGGCAGCAGUCUUCUUACAAUAGAGCAGCACUUAGGUCAGGGAAACGUCCAGAGUCAGCAUCACUUCACUUUUGUUUUGUUUUGUUUUGUUUUGUUUUGUUUUGUUUUGUUUUGUUUUUGUUGGAAUGAGAAUAUGUAAUACAAAAAUAAAUAUGACUAUAAAGGAUGCUGUUCUGACUUGCUAGAGAAUAUCCCCCAGGUUUUGUUUAGAGAAACCUUCUUCUCUUAAAAAGAAGAGAAAGGAUAUACAUCCACAAAUUCGCUUUGUUUGCAUAUGUAGAUUCAAAUAGGCACACACACAUUUUCAAGGACUAUUUUCUAUAUCUGGGCAGUUUCUUCCUAAUAAAGUCAUUUGUGACUGGGUACUACAGCUCUCAUUGACAUCAGUAAGGUAGCAUUUCAUGUUUAUUCUCUGCCACAUCUUACAGAAGAGUAAACUGGUGAGAGUAUAUAUUUUCUAUAUAUAUAUAUAUAUAUAUAUAUAUAUAUAUAUAUAUAAAUGUAUAUAUAUAUAUUGACUUGUUACAUGAAGAUGUUAAAAUUGGUUUUUAAAGGUGAUGUAAAUAAUGAUUUCCUUAAUGAAAAAAAUACAUAUUUUGUAUUGUUCUAAUGCAACAGAAAAAAAAACUUUUAAUUUCUUUGGUUCCUGUAUAUUCCAUGUAUUAAGUGUAAAUAUAAUCAGACAGGUUUAAAAAAUGUGCAUGUAUGUAUACAGUUGCAAGUCUGGACAAAUGUAUAAAAUAAACCUUUUAUUUAAGUUUGAUUACCUGCUGCAUGACGAGUGCAUGGCGAGCCCUGUGCAUCUGUGCAUUCGACAGAAAACGUCUUAAGUCAGGUCAGAUGGUCAUCCAGCACGACAGUAUUCCAUUUCCGGACAUGACCUCUGUGGCUUUUGCUUUGUGAGAAAAUGUGUUUCGAAUCCAAGGGUCUUAAUUUUUUUUUCUUUUUAAUCAACCACUUUCAACAUUAAAGAACUCACAGAGUGACUCCACAAAUCAUAAAAAUCCAUUGGAAACAGGAAUAGUUCAGUAUUCCUACAUGCUGGAAUACAGGCAUAUUACCAUUCAUGGUAAGAAUCUUUGGGUUUACAGCCAGUUUUGAUGCAAUCUGCUUAGUGGUAUUAAUUUGCCAUUUUUAUUAUUAAAUUUGAUUUCUUUAUGUGAUGUCAUGAAUUGUACAUACUGCAGUGUGAAUUUUUUAAAUCUUUUAGUGUUUACUUCCUGCAGUGACUUUGAAUAAAUGAAAAAAUGCAUUGUCUCUAACUUGAAAUGACUUUUUUUUUUGUGGGCUUUCUUUGGUUUUUAGGUUUUCCAUUAAUGUUAAAGUCCAAGGUCAUAAAGAGAAAAAAUCAAAAGCAAUAGAUCGUGUAUUUUGUCUGUCUCAGAAAAAUGAAGGGGGAAAAUGAGCAACUGACCAGCAAGUUAGUAUAUUUAGAAACCUGUAAUUAAAGCAUAGCUCAAAAUGACAGCUGGCCUGUGGUCUGUCUUCCAUUUCUCAGUAUGUAAAUGAAUGACCACUACGUGUUUUUUUUAAACUGGAGUUUGUACAGUGUUCCAAAAUAAAGUUAAUUAGAUACAUA